AAGGUUACUGAGUGACCACCACCAAUGCAGCCCUGCCUCUCUGUGCUGCAUUUCUUUCUUAGAUGCAGUCGUAGCAGUUCUGCCCAGUCUUCUGCCAUACGGCUGUCGUGGCCUCCUAGAUGACAUUUCAGACGAGAGUUCACCAAACUUUUUUUAUUCUCAAGCAGCUAUUUUUGAUGUGUGGCGGCUUUAGCAGUGGAACGAGAGGCAGAGAAUUUGCCAACCCUCCGGAAAUCCUGGGAAGCCAGAAGUGGGAAGUGGUGGGUGGCUGGUGGCACGGCUGGAGAGCCCCCGAUUGACUGACUGGGCGUUGUUACGAGAUCUGAUCGAAUCUCUGUGGCUGCACUUUCCCGAGAACGAUCCCCAGGCCUGAGUCCCGCGCCGCUCCCGCCCACACCUCCAGGUGCGCAUUCCCCGCCCUUAAUUACUCUUCUAAACUUGAUAGUUUGCACUUGCGAAGUUUCACUGGGAAAGCGGAAGAGAAAUUUACAAUUAUGGAUAUAGAGAACUAAGGGAGCACACACAGUCACACUUGCUUUGGUCUGCAGACCCAGUGAAUCGAAAACUCCUAAAUAGAAACGUGUGCACCUUUCCAGCAGCGAAGUCGAUUCUUCCUGCUUUGCAACCUCCACUUAAACGCUGCACUGGGAGAAACUUUGUGCCUUCUGGAAAGUUUAGAAACUGAACUACGAGAGGCCAUAUACUUCAGGGGUUUUGCGGGCCCCGCGAUGUUUCCCAGAGCUUUUCAAGUGGGAAGAGAAGAGCCACAAAAAGAAAAUGCAACGUGUCGGGGAACCCACCCGAACCCCGCUGCCAGCUGUCGGAUGCUGAGGUACACAGUUUCUCCUAGCAUGACUGCGAUCUGAUCAGCAACCACAAGAAUUUGACUCCCGUGUGUCUGGCGCUGUAGUGCUGGGGCCCGGUCACUGCCCGCAACUACAGAGCUGCCAUGGCCGCUGCCUCCACUUCCACCCCUGUAAUUUCACAGCCCCAGUUCACAGCCAUGAAUGAACCACAGUGCUUCUACAACGAGUCCAUCGCCUUCUUUUAUAACCGGAGUGGAAAGUAUCUUGCGACAGAAUGGAACACAGUCAGCAAACUGGUGAUGGGACUUGGAAUCACCGUCUGCAUCUUCAUCAUGUUGGCCAACCUACUGGUCAUGGUGGCAAUCUACGUCAACCGCCGCUUCCAUUUUCCUAUUUAUUACUUAAUGGCUAAUCUGGCUGCUGCAGACUUCUUUGCCGGGUUGGCCUACUUCUACCUAAUGUUCAACACAGGACCUAAUACUCGGAGACUGACUGUCAGCACGUGGCUCCUUCGUCAGGGCCUCAUAGACACCAGCCUGACGGCAUCUGUGGCGAAUUUACUGGCUAUUGCAAUUGAGAGGCACAUUACGGUUUUCCGCAUGCAGCUCCACACACGGAUGAGCAACCGGAGGGUGGUGGUGGUGAUCGUGGUCAUCUGGACUAUGGCCAUUGUUAUGGGUGCUAUCCCCAGUGUGGGCUGGAAUUGCAUCUGUGAUAUUGAAAAUUGUUCCAACAUGGCACCCCUCUACAGUGUCUCUUACUUAGUCUUCUGGGCCAUUUUCAACUUGGUGACCUUUGUCGUCAUGGUGGUUCUCUAUGCUCACAUUUUUGGCUAUGUUCGCCAGAGGACUAUGAGAAUGUCUCGGCAUAGUUCUGGACCCCGGCGGAAUCGUGAUACCAUGAUGAGUCUUCUGAAGACUGUGGUCAUUGUGCUUGGUGCCUUUAUCAUCUGCUGGACCCCUGGACUGGUCUUACUACUUCUGGACGUGUGCUGUCCACAGUGUGAUGUUCUGGCCUAUGAGAAAUUCUUCCUUCUGCUCGCUGAGUUCAACUCUGCCAUGAACCCCAUCAUCUACUCCUACCGGGACAAGGAGAUGAGCGCCACCUUCAGACAGAUCCUCUGCUGCCAGCGCAGUGAGAACACCAGCGGCCCCACAGAAGGCUCAGACCGCUCAGCUUCUUCCCUCAACCACACCAUCUUGGCCGGAGUUCACAGCAAUGACCACUCUGUGGUUUAGAGAGCAAAAGAAGAUGAGAAACCGGCCGUCAUCUUAUUGAGGGAUGAAGCGCCUCCCGCUACCCAAAUGCUGGGGCAAGGUGUGGGGUGCGAGAGACAGAGGAAAAGCAAACUCAUGUACUUAAACACUAACCGAUGGCAGUAUUUGUUCCUAAACCCAGCAAGACUUGAUACAUGUUGAAAAUUAGCUUAUGUGACAGCCCUCGUCUGGAUCCCCAUUCUUUUUGAAAGUAGAAAGUGGCGAUCUUGUAACGGAAUUCGUAAACAGACUCUGGAGUGUCCAUUUAGAUAGACUACACUAACUAGACUUCAAAAGAUUUUGUGUGGUUUGGUGCAAGUCAGAAUAAAUUCUGACUAAUUGAAUCCACAACAUCAUUUACAUACAGGCUUCCCUUUUUUUCUUUUUAAAGGAUACAUUUCAUUUAAUAAACAUGUUUAUGCCUAUCAGCGUGCUUGUGAUGGAUAAGAUUAUAGACUGUUUUUAAACCACCAUAACUUCAUUUUUUUCCUUGUGUAGGAAAACUGUAAAUUAGAAUUAUUUUUUUAGAAAGCAUGCAUGUAAUGUAUGUAUGCAAUAUGCCUUACUUAAAAAGAUAAAAGGGUAUUAAUUUUAAAUCUUCUAGGAAAUAGAAGAACCUAGAUGUCAAAGCUGGUAUUUGUUUAGGUUAUGAAACAAAUAAUACUCUAAUCACAAUAUUUUCUUUUUAUUAAAGUGUUAUGUAAAACAAAAAGGGGAUGUAAGUUUAUUACCAAAAUAAUGUGUACUCUAAAAAAUUCAUAGAAGAUGAAGCACAGUAAUAUUGUUCUCACAUAUUUAUAAUACCCAAAUACAUUCUAAUUAUCAGUACAUUGGAGGAAUUUUUAAUAGCCUGUGCUUUCUGUAUUAUAAAAUAAUACAUAGUCAUUGUAGAAAACUUGAAAAAUGCAGAUAUGUAUAAAACAAAAAAUAAUUACUGAUAUCACAACUCAGAAGUAAAUGCUGUUAACAGCUUUUCCCCCUGUGUAUGCCUAUAUGUAUUUUAUAUACGUUUUUAUAUAAUUGGGAGUAUACUGUAAACAAUUUCAUAACCAGUUUUUUUUUCCCCACUGCAGAAUUGCCACAUUUUCCUAUGGCGUUAAAAAUUUUACAAAAACAUAAUUUUAAUGGCUAUACAAUAUUCCACUUAAUGGGUGCAACUCAGUUUAUUUAACUAUUUCCAUAUUGUUGACUACUUAGGUCAUUUCUAAUUUUCAUCAUUAUAAAUGAUGUUACAAAAAUUUUGUGUAUAUAAAACUUUGUCCAUAUAAUUGAUUAUUUACUUAUCACAUGUUCCCAUGAAGGAUUUUUUUUUUUUAAAUGUGAAAUGUCUUUUUAUGCUUGUACCUUUUAUAAAAAUGGACUUCCUGCUUUGCACCUCAUGGGUGACAAUUGUGAGGAAAGCCAGUUAAAUUACUUUUUUACAAAGGAAAUGCAAUGGUUAGUUUAGAGUACUUUUUUAUAUAACAACAUGGACUAGAAAUAGUCAACUGUCAUAAAUAAGCAGGACACCCUAAUUAAUGACUAGCAAUUCCAAAUUUUGUUUGAGCGACCAGUUAUUCAGCUCUUAGUAGCCACAACUGUAAUGUAGAACUCAAGAAAAUGCGGAGACCAAACAUGCCAAGUAAAUAAAAAGUCUUCAUA